AUGUCUCCCUCCGCCAGCUCACGCCGCGCUGCCGUCGACGCUUCAUAUGCGAGACGAAAGACCCGGCAGCCAUCGAGGACUGGCUCGGAUGAGAGUGGCAGGCGCAGGAGCCGGAGGUGGAAAAGGCGUGGAAGAGAUGGCAUGAGCGAUGCCGAAACAAGUAGCUACUCCUCUGGAAGCGUGACUACUUGCGGGAGUGACGAGGGAGAGCCCAUUACGGAGUUAAUGGAGGACAUAUUUAAUGCGCUGGAGCGCAUGGAGCGACGAGAUAAAGGCAAGAGGCGCGAGGAGGAUAAUUCAAUCUCGAUACACAACCUCGCAACCCAGCUCACAGAGUUCCUCCCUCAGACCCCAGUCCCAUCUCCCAAUCUAUGGCUCUCUGCUUUGCCAGACUAUGGUGCUGCACCGCCCUCCUACAAUGACACACUCGCAGACCUUCCGCCCGAUUAUACCACCACCGACGCUCUCGCCACCGCGCAAACGCCCGAAUACACACCGUUUCCCUCACUAAAUCCUUCUCUAUGUUCGAGCGUCCCAAACUGUCUGCGACUCAGCUGCCACACAUCGCCCACGUCUUCUAUCUACUUUGACGAGAAAUCGUUGUACGCAAGAAUUGACUUCGGCUUCUGUGAAGAUGGAGUCAAGUCUCAUGGGAAGAAGAAGAAGGGUUCUGCAGCUAAGAAGGCCGCAUUCAGUUUUGAUGACGAUGGUGACAAGAAGAAGGAAGAGGAUGCGGCUGGUAGUUCUGGUGGCGGUGGCGACAAUGGAGGCGGUGGGGAUCCUCCCCCAGAUGGAGGGGCAGGAGGUUCAGGCGGUGGUGAUGAUGGAAAUGGUGGAGAUGGGGGUGCAGGAGGCGGUGAUGAUGACUGGAAUGAUUGGGGUGCUGCAAGUAAGAAGAAGAAGAAAAAGAAUAAGAAGGCGCAAGAGGAAGAGGAACGCAAGCAAAAGGAGGAGGAAGAGGAGGCAGAGCGCAAGAAGAAAGAGGAAGAAGACGCGGCUGCUGCGGCGGCUGCGGCGGUUGCGGCGACAAGUGCCGGGAAUGACCUCAGUUGGGCUGAUGAAAUCAACGAAGCCGCCGAAACAAAGCCGGAUGACGACUGGGGAACAUUCACGUCUGCGGGGAAGAAGAAGAAGGGCAAAAAGGGGAAGGCGGCUGACCCACCUCCACCUGAUCCUGAACCUCGUGCAGCGGACCCAGCAACAACAUUCGACGACAUUGCCCUUGACGACGGAAACAGCAGUGCACCCAAGAUUGACAUGAGCUUCGGCGAUUCCGGGGCUUCUAAAACACCAAGUUUCAGUUUUGGCGGUCUAACCAGCUGGACUUCUGGUUGGGGAAGCAAGGCAUCGUGGGGCUUUGACGAGGACAAGGACAGCUCUAAAGACAAAGACGCGGUGAAAGAUGACAAUCCGUGGGAAUCCGCGGACAAGAAGGAGAAAAAGGACAAGAAUGACGCCAGUGGCUUCGACUUCAAUUUUGACGCGUUCAAUAAGCCCGCGGACCUUGACCCCACCCCCGCACCUGCUCCCGUAGAGGAGGCUCCACCUGAGGACGAUGGCUGGGGUUUCAGCUUUGGCAAGAAGAACAAGAAGAAGAACAGGAAGGCUUCAGAGCCUAUAGUAGAGAAGGCACCCGAACCCGCAACCCUUCCACCGCCUGGGCCUGAGCCUGAGCCUGAGAAGAAAGAGGAAGACCCAUGGACAACAUCUUAUUCAUUUGGAAGUGUAAAGGACAAGAAGAAAAAGAAGAAGGGUGCUGCCGUUGCCCUUAUUGAUGAACCUCCGCCGCCACCUCCAGAACCAGUACCGGAGCCUGAGGUGGUCAAGGAGGAUGACACGUUCGGAUGGGGUUCAAUCGCAUCAGGAAAGAAGAAAAAGAAGAAGGGCGUCGUUGAGGAGGUUAUAGAAGAGCCAAUAAGUGAACAACCUCCACCUCCACCGCCCCCUGAAGUGGUUGCACCACCACCAAAUGACGACUGGAAUUCAUUUGCCGUUAUGCCCAGCAAGAAGAAGAAGGGCAAGAAAGCUGCCAAAGCAGAGCCCGUCGUCCCUGAGGUAGAGCCCGAGCCUGUGCCCGUGCUGGAGCUAGAACCAGUUGUUGAGACGAAGAAAGAGGAUCCAGUCGACGAGUGGGGUUUUAGCCUAGGCAAAAAGGACAAGAAGAAGGCAAAGAAAGCUGGAAAAGCUGUCGAACCUGAGCCUGAACCUGUCAAAGAGCCUGAACCCGAGCCAGGGCCUGCAUUAGUCGAGGAGAAAAUGCCCGAAGAUAUCUGGGGAGGUGAAUCCGCAUGGGGUACCACUUCGUCAAAGAAGAAGAAAGGCAAGAAGGCCGCUAAAGAAGAGCCUCCAAAGGUGGAAGAACUUCUUCCCCCUCCACCACCGCCUGAGCCGGUUAAGGAGGAAAAGCCAGCGGACGAUGGUUGGGCCGAUGAUGGUUGGGGCCUGACUACGUCGACUAAGAAGGGUAAGAAAGGCAAGAAAGGCUCUGUUUCUACAGCUGUAUCCGAUCCACCAAAAGAAGAGCUCAUCGUUGAUAUUCCUUUGGUCGAGCCCGAGCCUACCCCGGAAGCAAAACCGGCUGUGGAUGAUUGGAUGAAUUGGGAUACUCCUGCAACGACAACAGCCAAGAAGAAGAAGAAGAAGAAGGGCGCUGUAGAAGAGCUUCUACCACCCCCACCAGCACCUGCUCCUCCACCAGCCGUGCGUGAACCCGACCCAGAGCCUGAACCAGUGCCAGAUAAGAAUGACGGCGGAGAUUGGGGCUUUAGCUCGAUCUGGGGAGGCACCAAGAAGAAAAAAAAGAGUAAAGCCAUCGAGCCUGACCUUCUACCACAAGCCGAUCCAGAACCUGAACCCAUCUUCGCGGACACAACCGUCCAAAGCCCAGAUGGUGUUGAGGAACCUAAGGCGGAAGAAGAAGACGAUUGGGGCGCUCCAUCUUGGGGCAAGAAGAAAAAGAAGUCCAUUUCGAAGAAAGACACUCCUGUUGAAGUCACUGAGGAAUUGACAACGGCACAAGUCCAAAGGCCCGAUGAAGAAGACCCAUGGGGUAGCGCCUCUUUUAACAUCAACAAGAAGAAGAAAGGGAGAAAGGGUUCCAUUCUUGCUCCCCCUCCAGUUCCUACUCCACCUGGCGAUAAAGGCGAUGAUCUUGGCGAGCCCGAGCUUCCCCCCCCAAAACAGAUCGAGGCGCCACCACCUGUGGAAGAGGAGAAGAAGGAGGAUGACGAUCUUUGGGGCAUCCCUAACUCUAAGAAGAAAAAGAAGAAGGGAGCCAAAGAAGAUCUGCCUGUUGAUGACGGUGGCAAGCUUAGCAGAACCGUUACAAAAGACUCGACUUCGUCCAAAUCUAAGACACCCAAAGACACAUUCGAUGACCUCAUCAAUCUCGAUUCGCCCAAAGAGGAUGAUAAGGACAAGUCUGCUGCUAGCGCCGUCAAGGACAUUUGGAGCAGGUUUGAGACCGCAUCUGCCUCAAAGCCUCCGAAAAAGGAGCCACCUAAGAGGGAAACUCUCAAGGAGAAGAGGCUCCGAGAGAUGCGAGAGGCCAAGGAGAAGGAGGAGCAAGAACGUGCUGAGAAAGAGGAGCAAGAACGAUUGGAGCGAGAGGCCCAAGAGAAAGAGGAACAGGAGCGGCUCGAACGUGAGGCCAAGGAAGCUGAAGAAGCUGCCGAGAAGGCCCGCCUGGAAGCUGAGGAAACAGCAGCGAGACUCAAAAAGGAAGCUGAAGAGGCUGAGAAGAGCGCUGGUUGGGGAAUAUUCGGCUCUUCGAAGAAGACGACGAAGUCGGCAAUCGAGGCCCCUAGAGAGAAGAGAACAAGAAUGGCAAAGGAAAAGAAGGAGCGCGAGGAAAAGGAGCGGUUAGAGCAGGAGGAAAAGGAGCGCGCCGAGAGAGAGGAAAAAGAACGGCUUGAGAGGGAACGUGUUGAGCGCGAGGAACAAGAACGACUGGACCGCGAGACCAAGGAAGCCGAGGAAGCAGUAGCGAAGGCGAAGGAGGCUGAGCCCUGGAGUUCGAUGGUGCCCAAGAAGACGGAGACCACUAAAGAAAGGAGAGCAAGAGAGAAGAAAGAAGAAAAAGAGCGAUUAGAGAAGGAGGAACAGGAGCGACUCCACAAGGAACGCGAAGAACAGGAGAGACUCGAGCGAGAGGCCAAAGAAACUGAAGAGGCAGCGGCGAAAGCAAAGGAAGCUGAAGAAGGCGGUUUCUGGGGAUCAUUUACUGCACCUAAGAAGAAAGAGACUUCUAGGGAGAAGAAAGCUCGAGAGAAGAGAGAGGCCCAAGAAGCUGAGGAAGCUGCUGAAAAGGCGCGAUUAGAAGCUGAGGAGACAGAGAGACUUGAACGAGAAACCAAAGAGGCCGAAGAAGCAGCAGCAGCAGCAGCAGCAGCAAAGAAAGCUUCCGAGGAAAGUAGUCUAUGGGGAACUUUACUGCCUAAGAAGAGGGAGAGUUCUAAGGAAAAAAAAGCUCGUGAGAAAAGAGAAGCCCAGGAAGCCGAAGAAGCUGCUGAAAGGGCUCGGCUUGAUGCCGAGGAGGCCGAAAGACUCGAACGAGAAGCUAAAGAGGCUGAAGAAGCAUCAAAGAAAGCUUCUGAGGAGAGCAGUCUGUGGGGAACCUUCAUGCCCAAGAAGAAGGAAAGUGGUAAGGAAAAAAGAGCUCGGGAAAAGAAGGAAGCCGAUGAAGCCGCCGAAAAGGCUCGAUUGGAGGCCGAGGAGCAGGAGAGACUGGAGCGGGAGGCCAGAGAAGCCGAAGAAGCAUCCAAGAAAGCUUCUGAAGAAAGCAGCAUCUGGGGAUCAUGGGGUUUGUCCGGUAAAAAGAAAGAAACCGCCAGGGAUCGCAAGGCCCGAGAAGCAAAGGAGCAGGGAGAGCGUGAGGAGCAAGAGAGGCUGGAUCAGGACGCCAAAGACGCAGCGGAAGCAGCUGCUCAAGCUCAAAAGGAGGCCGAGGAAGCUGAAGCUGCCCGAAUCGCUGCCGAGAAGGACCUCUUAGGAACCAGUUCCUCCAAGAAAAAGAAGAAGAAAGGCAAAGCCGCCGUCUGGGAGGAACCAGCCCCUCCCGUUUCCGCUCCUCCGCCCAUCGACGAAGAUAUUCUCAACCUCGUUAAAGACGUUCCAGCAGCUGAUCUCCUUGCUGAGAUAGAGAGAGACAAUCAAGAAGCGUCUGCAGGAUGGGGUACAAUGUGGGGAGUCUCCUUACGCAAGACCAAAAAGCUUGAGCCGGUGUCCUUACCCAAAAUGGAAGAGUUCCCUGUGGCUGAGUCAUCACGGGAGAUCUCGCUUACGCAAGUCACGAACCUACCAGAACCGCCGAUUGCUGACGACCCUCUUCCCAAGGCAACAAAGUCAUCGUUGACGAAAGCGAAGAAGCUGUCCGCAAAGUCCGGUGGCGUGGUCGCUGAACGGCUAAAAGCGCUCGACAAGAAGGCCAAGGUUGUGGAACCGGAGCCUGAGCCAGAACCAGAACCAGUGGAGCCACCUCCACCGCCUCCACCUCCUCCACCACCAGCUGAAGAGUUCGUCGAAGUCAUCGAUCUAAAGUCAAAGAAGGUGUCUUCGAAGUCUAAAAAGGACGCUAAAACCAAAUCUUCAAGGUUGAAGACUAAAGAGGUUGCUACUCCUCUCGUAAUCCCCGAGCCUGAGCCUGAAGAAGUCCCUAAGAUCACUACUCCUGUGCCAGGUGGCUUUCCUAUGGAUGAUGACAUGAACUUGAUCGAUCUAGAUGCUCCCGCUCCCCCACCGCCAGUCCCUAUUGCUGACAAAAAGUCAAAGAAAAGUACUAAAAAGAAUAGCAAGGCUCGCGCAGAACCUAUCAUCGAAGCGCCCACGCCACCUCCGCCUUCUCCACCACCCGAAACGGUCGUAGAAGAGCCGGCGCCUAUAGACGUUGACGACCUUGACCUUCCAGGAAAGCUACCAACUCCACCUCCCGAGCCCGAAGUGAAGCCUCCAUCUGCGAAGAAGGAACGUGCAAAAGUCGUGCGCAACUCAAACGCAGCAUCGUGGGGCUUCUGGGGUGCCGCAACAGCUGCGCAAAGACAAAGGCCGGCCAGGAAACAAUCUGGUGACGACGGUACGAGUACUGCGACGCCGACGAGACCAGCUGUAAAUCGCUCAAAGUCAGCGCGCGUCACAUCAUCGAAGGAUAAGGACGUAAUGUCAAAGUCGUCUGGUGGAUCUGAAAAAGUUGUAAAGACACCAUCGCGCUCGAAGUCAACGCGCCAGUCUACAGGAUUCUCCGCGCUAUUCGGAGCCCCGCCUCCAUCCCGCUCGAAGUCGCAUCGGACUGUAGCCACCCCGCGAACUCUCUCCCGACGCCCCUCAAUCGACAACGACGCUGCGAUGAUGUCGCCUCCACAAACAGAUACAGAUGUUAAGGCCGUCUCAUCGAAAGCUGCAAAGGUUAUGGGUAUGAGAGGCUCAGUAAACCGGCGGGCAAGUACAAGAGACAAAGGCAAAGCCAGAGGUAAGAAAUCUGAUCCAAUGAAGAGAAGAGCAUUAGGAUGGAGACGUCGACAAAGACAUAGAGCUAACCCCAAUCGCGCAGCUGUACCGGACCCAUAUCCGAUUGAUGAUGACAUGGACCUGUUUGAUGAAGACGAUGCACCUCCGUCGCCAACACCUGUGCGUAAAGGAGAGUCGUCGCGUCGCAAGUCGAAACGUGAAUCGGUCACUCCUGCCGAGCCUUUGACAGCGCCACCAAGCGCUGAUGACCCAGUCGAUGCGGAUGCGAUGGACGUUGAUCCUCCGCCCGUCGAACCGCGACGCCGCGAACGUGACCGUCGUGAACGAGGUAAUUCAGGCGCUAAAGAGAUGGCGGCAGCCGCUGGAGCAGCUGGUUUCAUGAGCAUGUUUGGAUUGAGCUCUCGCAAGCGAGCUGUAGAAGAGGACCGCCGUCAGCGUCCGAAGACUGCCGAGACAGAAGACGAGCGCAGGCGUCGCAAACGAUCAUCUACCCGGGGAGGGCAGACUGAAGAUGAGGCGAAGCGACUGCGUCACGAGCGCAGAAGUGUUCGACGUCCUUCGGGGAGACAUGACGCUGAUGUAGACAUGGCUCCAGGUGGUGCCCGCGCAAGUGCCAGUACCGACGUCGAGGACGCGGAGAGGGAGGCUAGAAGGGCUGAGCGCCGGGCCCGACGCGAUGCAGAAAGGGAACAACAACGCGCCGAACAGGAAGAGGCUGAUGCCAGGGCGGAACGUCGCCGCGAACGUGGGCGCGAAAAGGAAGCGGCUGUCCUUGCUGAAAAGAAGGCCCGCCAGAUGGCAGAGCUUGAGAAACGCAACAAGGAAGCAGAAGCUAAGCUGCGUCGCAUGGAAGAGAAGGAGCAACGAAAAUCUGCAAGAGAGGACCGCAGAGGUGGCGAAGAAAGGGAUCGCCCUCGUGAGAGCGAACACCGUUCUUCUCGGCGCAAAGACAAAGACAAAGAGCGCGACUCAUCUCGUCCCCGUACCGAACGACGACGGUCCCAUAUGGAAGAGGACCCUGAGGAACGUCGUCGUCGUCGAGAAGACCGUCGCGCACGACGCAACUCUGCCUACCCAACAACCAACGCCGACCCAAUCACAGACUACUUCGAUGAGCGUAAUGGGGAGAGUCAUCGACAUCGCCGUCGCAGCUCUCCGCGUAAGAAUGGUGAAUCGUCAAACAUGCCUUACCUCAGCAAAGGAGGCGACAAGACAUCUUCCUGGGUCGAUUCGCUCUCCAACGAACCUCCGCUCCCUAUUCCCAUCGCAGAAACAGUUCUUGAUCCUCCUCCAGGUGCCCGUGAGGCACCAGGGGAUGAGGAAUCACCGUCCGCUGAUGAGGAAAUACGUCUACGCAUAGCGGGACGCAAAGGAAAGCGCGACAAAGACCGUGGCGAGAUUCGGGAGAAGGACCGAGAUAAGACAGACCGUGACCGAAAACAUCAUCGCAGACGCUCGCAUUAUGAAGGUCCCCCUCGCGGAGGUAGUGACGAGGAUAUGGAGAGGGAUCGAGAGAGGGAUCGGGAGAGGGAUCGGGAUCGAGAGAAGAGGAGUAGGAGGAAGACGUAUGCAGCCCCUCCAGCUGCAGCGUAUGCUGAGGCACCGGUUCGGACGUGGGAUGGACGACCGGCGCAGGAGGCGAGUGGUGGGGGGAAGAGAGGAAGUUGGUUUAAGAAGAUAUUUUAA